AGCGCAUCUCCUCGCUGCUGGCGGUCCCCCGAGCGAAGCCGAAGCCGCGAGGACCGGCGCGGCGAGGACGGUGGCUGGCACGACAGCUGGAGGCAAGGCAGCUGGAGAGGCCGAUGGCACGGCGGCUGGAAAGGCCACAGGGGAAGCUGGUGGCAGAGGGGCUGGCGGGACUGGUCCGACAAGGGCUGGCAGCCGAAGCCGGGCAGGGACAAGGAGGUGCGAACUAGGCCGAAGGGGGAGAAACCCGAGGGCUGCAAGAUAUUGUGGAUCGGUUGGAUGGAGAAACCGCCAGAGAUGAAGGACAUUGUUGAGUUCUUCAAGGCGGAGCCGAGCGAGGUGGAGGCGAGCGAGGUGGUCAUCAGCGACCGUUGCGUGCGCGGCUACUUCGCGCACGUGACUUUCCCAAGCUCUGAGGACCUCGACAAGGCCGUCAAGAGAGCCGGGGAGGAGUUCCAGGGCAAGCCUUUGUGCGUCGACUGGGCCCGCAUGGACAAGGCAGCGGGGACGUCUGCUUCCAGAGAGGAACGGGACCUCCGCCGCUACAAGCCCAAGAGCUUGAAGCCUGAGAACGGACACACGCUCUGGGUGGGCGACCUCGCCCUGGAAACCACGGAGCAGGAUCUGGUCGACCUCUUCGAGCCAUGCGGCAAGGUGGAGAUGAUCUGCCUGCAGGUGAACCAGCUGCGAAACGGGCAGUUCGGAUUCUUGAAGUUCUUCGAGACGGAGGCCGUGGACAAGGCUGCGGAGCUGGCGGGGACGCGCGUCAAGGGCGUCCCUAUCCGGCUGGACUACGCAGAGGACAAGCCCAUCGUUGCGUACCGGGUCGGGAAAUCCAGAGGAGUUCACGCGGUGCCGGCUGCCAAACCGGACGGCUGCUGUACCGUGUGGGUCGGCAGCCUGCCCGACGACGUCACGGACGAGACGCUCAAAACCAUGUUCGAUAAGUGUGGCGAAAUCAAGGCC